UAUGUGUUGUGUGCUAAUCCAAUUACCAAGUUCGCACAGGAUGCCCCCAAUCGUGGCAGGCGAGCAGAACACAAAUUAAUUCAAUCAAUCGGGUUAAAAAUCAGUUGUGUUGUGGCGAUCUUGAAUUAGCCGAAAGUGUUUUUGUAAAUUAAAUACCGAAGAUUGAAAGUUAAUAGUUCAAACUAUAUUAUAAAUUUAUCACGGGUUUUUUAAACAUGUUAAACUACCAGCAGCAAUUGCAUUCACUGCCCGUCGGCAAUCCGGGAAACUUUUACUACGGACCGACGGGAUCGCAUUCUCUCACAGUUUCUGGGGAGGUGUAUCCAACCCAUCAGUCGCACAAUCCCGAGUCUGAGGAUAAACUGAAUGAUCACGAGGAUAGUACACGAAAUAUGGACAAAAUGCACAGAUUCUCGGUUGAUAAUAUCAUGGAAAUGAAGCACGAUGCUUAUGCCAAGGGCAAAAUUGCAAUGGAACUUAAUAACAACUACGGAGGAAGUGGCAGUGGAAGUGGUGGAGCCGCCUGCUCCGGAAAUCUCCCAGUGGGCCACUCGAGGAAGCCGCGCAGGAACCGCACCACCUUCAGCUCCGCCCAACUGACGGCCCUGGAGAAGAUCUUCGAGAGGACUCACUACCCGGAUGCCUUUGUCCGCGAGGAGCUGGCCACCAAGGUGCACCUGAGCGAGGCCAGAGUUCAGGUUUGGUUUCAGAAUCGGCGGGCGAAAUUCCGGCGGAACGAGAGGAGCGUGGGCUCGAGGCCCCUGUUGGAGCCAGCUCCUCAGCUGGUGCCGGCGCCCAUUAGCAAUAAUAUGCACAAAUAUGCCAAUCUGCCACACCCACCGCCGCCGCCGCCGCCCCCCGGGGCGUAUGCCCUGAAUUUUGGACCACUGGAACUGCGCUCGUGCCAAAAUUAUACGAACUGCUAUGGGGGAUUCGGGGCGAGUCCUGCCACCAACAGCGGGGUCUGCUCCUUCUUUGGGGCCACCAACUACUGUGUGGCGGCCAACUACGCGAAGAACGCCUAUCCGCCGCUCUGAGGACGAUGGACAGCUCCCUCGACGGGCCCCAGAGGUUACUUCAUGCAAACGUAUUUCAAUUAGCCAAAUUGCAUUAAUGCUUAAAAAUGUAUUAAG